AUGAGGGAAGAAAACCAGUCCUCUACCCUGGAUUUCAUCCUCCUGGGAGUUAGCAGUCAGCGACAACAGGAAGAUUUCUUCUUCAUCCUCUUCCUGCUAAUUUACCUCAUCACACUGACUGGAAACCUGCUCAUCAUGUUGGCCAUUUGCUCUGAUAUUCACCUUCACAGUCCCAUGUAUUUUUUUCUUGCUAACCUCUCCUUUGUUGACAUCUUCUUCUCCUCUGUAACCAUCCCGAAGAUGCUGACCAACCAUAUCUUGAGCACCCAAACCAUCUCCUUUUGGGGAUGCCUCACACAGAUGUAUUUCAUGAUUGCUUUGGGAACUACAGAUAGCUACAUUCUGGCUGCAAUGGCAUAUGAUCGUGCAGUGGCCAUCAGCCGCCCACUGCAUUACACAACAAUCAUGAUCCCAAGGGCUUGCGUCCUGCUAGUCGUUGGGUCUUGGGUGGUUGGAAAUGCUAAUGCCCUUCCUCACGCUCUGCUUACAGCUAGUCUGUCUUUCUGUGGCAACCAGGAAAUCACCAACUUCUACUGUGACAUUAUUCCUUUGCUCAAGUUGUCAUGUUCUGACACCCACUUUAAUGUGAAGGUGAUGUAUGUAGGGGUUGGUGUUUUCUCUGUGCCUUUACUAUACAUCAUCAUCUCCUAUGUUUGGGCCUUUUCCGUGGUCUUACGUGUUCCAUCUACCAAGGGUGUGCUCAAAGCCUUCUCCACCUGUGGUUCCCACCUCACAGUUGUUUCUCUGUAUUAUGGGACAAUCAUGGGCACGCAUUUCCACCCUCUGACUAGCUACAGUCUAAAGGAUGCUGUGAUAACUGUGAUGUACAUGGCAGUGACCCCAAUGUUAAAUCCUUUCAUCUAUAGUCUGAGAAAUAGGGACAUGAAGGCUGCCCUGAGGAAACUGUUCAGCAGCAGAGGCACCUCAUAA